GAGUUUUCUACUUCCACCAAAAACCCCCCUAAGCAAAUCAAACAAUGGCCAGUGAAGAAGAAGCAGCAAAACUUGAAAGAUUCCUUCAAUGGCUCCAGGUUAACAAGGUUGAACUAAGAGGGUGCAACAUCAAAUACUGUGGUCAAAAUAAAGGCUUUGGUGUGUUUUCAUCUAAUGAUGUCUCUGAUGGGGUUCUACUUGUUGUUCCACUAGAUCUAGCAAUAACUCCUAUGAGAGUGUUACAAGAUCCCUUUAUUGGACCUGAGUGUAGAUCUAUGUUCGAAGAAGGAGAAGUUGAUGACAGGUUUUUGAUGAUUCUAUUUCUAAUGUUAGAGCGCCUUCGAAAUAAUUCGUCUUGGAAACCGUACCUUGACAUGCUUCCCACCACCUUUGGAAAUCCACUCUGGUUUACUGAUGAUGAGCUUUUGGAGUUGAAGGGGACAACACUAUAUCGGGCAACUGAAUUACAGAGAAAAAGGUUGUUGUCUAUGUAUGAAGACAAGGUGAAGGGCUUGGUGCAGAAACUUCUAAUUCUAGAUGGGGAUUUAGAAAGUGAGGUGUGUUUUGAAGAUUUCCUUUGGGCAAAUUCAGUAUUUUGGGCACGUGCUUUGAACAUUCCCUUUCCACGUUCUUAUGUGUUUCCACAAGUUCAAGAGGAUCAGGACAGUCAGUCUUCACUUAGCAUUGACUCUGGGGUUUCCCAUAGUGAUAUUUCUGCUGGAGACUUGACUGACAGGAAGGAUGAAGAAAGAUCCAAGGUUCCUGGAGUUGAUGGCCAGUUCAAUGAGACUGUCUGGGUGGAGGGCCUUGUUCCUGGCAUUGAUUUUUGCAACCAUGAUCUGAAGGCGGUGGCAACAUGGGAGGUUGAUGGAACAGGAAUGACUGCUGGAGUUCCUCACUCCAUGUACCUUCUUUCUGCUGAAAAAACUCCCUUCCAAAUGGAGAAAGAAGUUACCAUCAGCUAUGGCAACAAGGGAAAUGAGGAGUUACUGUACCUUUAUGGAUUUGUCAUUGAUAACAAUCCGGAUGAAUAUCUUAUGGUCCAUUAUCCUGUAGAGGCAAUUCAGAAUGUUCCCUUUGCUGACUCCAAAAUGCAGCUUCUUGAAGCACAGAAAGCUGAAAUGCGGUGUCUUUUACCUAAACGCUUGCUGGCUCAUGGCCUUUUCCCAGCAGGCACAGCAAGUAAUGAUGACAAUGGUAAGGGAAAAGCAGAGAAAAUUUGCAGCUUCAGUUGGAGUGGUCAGCGCAGGAUGCCGUCCUAUGUAAAUAAGCUGGUCUUUCCUGAGGAAUUUUUAACUACAUUGAGGACCAUAGCCAUGCAGGAAGAUGAGCUGUUUAAGGCUUCUUCAUUUCUUGAAGAGCUUGUAGGGUCUGAAGGGGUGAGGCAACCAACAGAUACAGAAGUUAGAACAGCAGUAUGGGAGGCUUGUGGAGAUUCUGGAGCUCUACAAUUGCUUUUUGAUCUUCUUCAAACUAAGGUGAUGAAUCUUGAAGAAAAUUCUGGAACUGAAGACUGUGAUACCGAGCUGCUUGAAAAGGCCCAGGAUGUGAAAAGCAUUGAACAGUGUGAAAGCAAGGAUACGGAUGAAUCAGGCCAUUACAAAUUCAUGAGCAGAAACAGGUGGUCAAGUAUAGUAUAUAGAAAAGGGCAAAAGCAACUCGCCAGAUUAUUCCUGAAGGAAGCAGAGCACGUCUUGCACUUAUCUUUGAGCGAAGGAGAGUGAGAGAUGAUUUUCUUUUACCAAAAUUCGUGUUUUCACUUCUAUAUUUGGCCUAAGUUGGACAACAGUUUUGUUAACCAUUCACCUUGUCAUCUCUCAAUCAUGUUUGAUCAUUGUUUUUUCAAGAAUAAUAAAGCUGUUGAUAGACCAAUUCUACUUUAUCUACUAGAAAGUCUACUGAAGCGAAAUUCGUAAUGGAAGUUUCAUU